UAAAAUCCCACCGUUUUCUCUCCCAUCGCCUCUCUCCCUCCUACCUCGAUCUCUAGAUAAACCAAAACAGUCUUUCAGAUUCCAGUCUCUUCUUACUAUCAAAAAUGUCAGCCUUCAAGGGAAAGUACCAUGAUGAGCUCAUUGCUAAUGCUACCUACAUUGGCACCCCUGGAAAGGGUAUCCUUGCUGCUGAUGAGUCAACUGGCACAAUUGGCAAGCGUCUUUCAAGCAUUAAUGUUGAGAAUAGUGAGACGAACAGACGCGCUCUCCGUGAGUUGCUCUUCACCACCCCCGGUGCCCUCCAAUACCUCAGUGGUGUGAUUCUCUUUGAGGAAACCCUCUACCAAAAGACAGCCGCUGGUAAGCCAUUUGUUGACGUUUUGAGGGAAGGCGGUGUUCUCCCUGGCAUCAAGGUUGACAAGGGCACUGUUGAGCUUGCUGGUACCAAUGGUGAGACCACAACCCAGGGUCUGGAUGGCCUUGGAGAGCGUUGCAAAAAGUACUAUGAAGCUGGUGCUCGGUUUGCAAAAUGGCGCGCUGUGCUCAAUAUUGGCCCCAAUGAGCCAUCUCAGCUCUCAAUCAAUGAGAAUGCCAAUGGGUUGGCCCGAUAUGCUAUCAUCUGCCAGGAGAAUGGCCUGGUCCCCAUUGUUGAGCCAGAGAUCCUGGUUGAUGGAUCCCAUGACAUUCACAAGUGUGCUGAGGUGACCGAACGUGUUCUUGCUGCAUGCUACAAAGCUCUUAACGACCACCAUGUUCUGCUUGAAGGAACUCUCUUGAAGCCUAACAUGGUGACUCCGGGAUCUGAUUCACCAAAGGUUGCACCAGAGGUGAUUGCUGAGCACACAGUCCGUUCCUUGCAGCGCACCAUGCCUGUGGCUGUUCCUGCCGUGGUUUUCUUGUCCGGUGGGCAGAGUGAGGAGGAGGCUACCCUCAACCUCAAUGCCAUGAACAAAUUGAAGGGGAAGAAACCAUGGACUCUAUCCUUCUCUUUCGGACGGGCUCUUCAGCAAAGCACCCUCAAGGCUUGGGCAGGAAAGGAGGAAAAUAUUAAGGCGGCACAGGAGGCUUUCCUCACCAGGGCAAAGGCCAACUCGGAAGCCACAUUGGGAACCUACAAGGGUGAUGCCAAGCUUGGUGAGGGUGCUGCAGAGAGCCUUCAUGUCAAGGACUAUAAGUAUUGAUGCAGAGCUGUGUAAAAGCCAAUGAUUUUGCCCUUACAAAAACGGUGUUUUGGUGUCGUAGUGUAGGUUCUUUUUCAAAUUUUCUUUCUAAUCUAUGCCUUGACGAGAUUAUUGCCAGUUACUAGUAGAAUAUGAUAAAAGCUUGAGGAACGUUUUGCAAGCAUGAAGAGUUUUUUGUUGUUUAUGUCGCUCGUUUUGGUUGGUGAAGUGCUCAUGCUCAUGUAUUUGGGUAAUCUGCUUUUAUGAUUUAACCUUGAGUGGUUUAUAUUCCGGUUGAUAGUGAAUGUGUCAUUGAACCCAAGUUUUUCUUAUCUAUUUUGUACUUAUUUUUA